AUCCAGUCGUCGCUCGACUGUGGAGAGCACUCGACCUUCCCGAAGCAGACUUCCCACGUAUAUGUACACUACGAUAGUGUACAAAAUAAACAUGUGAUUUUAGUGUAGUGAAGUGUUAAAAGUGAAACAAUGAAUAAGGAAACUUAUCAGGGAUUGUUGCUAAGUUUUGUUUCGAUUUCUUUUUGUUGUCAACUUACUGAAACUAUGGCGAAAAGCGCAAGUAGGUACAUAGCAUCUUCGUGUCAUCAGGAGUUUAGCAGCGACGGUUCCAAACAUGGAACACUCACUUCGCCGCAUUACCCCCUGGCUUAUCCACCGAACACACAUUGUCACUACGAAUUCUUCGGAAGAGGAAAGGAGAGGGUUAGGCUGAUAUUUCAUGACUUCUACUUACACAAACCAGCAGAUGGAUCAUUGGACUGUGCAAAUGUAGAUUCACUCCAAGCAUUCGUCAACGUUGAUGGCCGAUUAGAAAAGGUGGAAGCAUUCUGUGGAACGGAUCUGCCUAAGCCUGUUAUGUCCAAUGGGCCUAAACUAAUGCUGGAAUUUCGCGGGACGCAAUCGUCAAGGCAUUCCAGGGGUUUUAAAAUAACAUAUUCUUUUGUGGAAAAUUUCGGGAUCACAACUGGUAGACAGUUGAAGGAAUUCCCGUGUGCUUUCGUGUAUAACAGCACAGAAAGUCACAACGGUACUUUCGCGUCUCCCAACUGGCCUGGACCGUAUCCUCGUGACACUGAAUGCACGUAUUUCUUUCACGGCGGUCAAACUGAGAAGGUGCAUCUCUAUUUUACGAAUUUUGGCGUCGAAGGUGUUUUACCAUGCGAAGCAGUAUCGGGCAGCGACUACGUCGAGUUCUCGAACUACAUGACUGAAGAUAGCCGGUUUGGGCGCUACUGCGGCCAGAUGAAAGAAUUCCACGUCGAGUCCGACAGGAACUUCUUCAAGGUUACCUUUCGCUCCAACGACAGACUCGACGGAACGGGCUUCAAAGCGAUGUACCAAUUCCUAGAAGUCACCGACGAGUAUCGAGCUCCUUUGCAAGAUAAAGCUUCGGUUACUGCAAGAGUUCCAGAAAUUCUGCUCUUCAUCAGCGCAAUCGCGUCGCAUCUCCACUGGUUAUAUCAUUAAAUAAAGUGAUAUUAGAAUAAUUACUACUAUUAGACUAUUAAUCCUGUACAUUUUGUAACAUAGUAAGUGCCGUACUCUUGUAAUUUAAACGUAGGAUUGCAAUAUUUUCUAUAAAUUAAAUAUUUAAGUUUUCCUCUAUUACCAAAUAAAGCAAUAUUACACAAUAAAACUUUAUUCACGCGGGCACGUCGUAUUAUAAAUAAAUUAUAUGAAAAAAAUUGUGUUACUUUUAUUUAU